UAUAAUGUUUUCUUGUGUUUUUACAUAUUUUAACAGGUCAGUUGUUUAUAGAAGUAACUCUCGCGAGAAUUGGUGACGGAGGGGUUACCAUAGCUACAGAGAAUCCUUAUUUUCUUCUUGCUUUAUUUAUUUAAAGGCUUUCUCAAUGCAUUUAAUGAUGUAUCAACUUGUAUAAACUAUUGUAGUGAGUUUCAUUACGUGCUAGUUGUGUAAUAAAGUAUCUGUUUAAAGUUACAUGUUUUUGGGGAGGAGCUAAUUUGGCGCAACUUCCAGCGCGGGAGAUUCAGUUUAAAUACAAGGACCGCCAAGAAACUGGAGCAGAAGCUGUUUUAAACCGUGUAGUAGUCAGCUGUAGUUGUGUCUCCUAGUUAGUAUUUAUUCCUUGUUAAUUAUUUAGUUCUCCUUCGGGUUUUUUAAUUGUGAAAACUUUGCCAACAUGCCUGCCCUAGAAGUUACAGAUGCCUGUGCGAUUUCUCCAUCAAAGAGAGCAAAGAUAGAGACAAAGCCUGCAGAACAAAAGCCUGUCCUCAGGUUUGCAAAACUCUCCGAGCAUGCCACCACUCCUACCAGAGGCUCAUCUAAAGCAGCGGGAUAUGAUCUCUACAGUGCAUAUGAUUACACCAUUGGUCCUAUGGAUAAGGCCAUUGUGAAGACAGACAUCCAGAUAGCAGUUCCACACGGCUGCUAUGGGAGAGUGGCACCCAGGUCUGGUCUGGCAGCAAAACACUUCAUUGAUGUUGGUGCUGGAGUUGUAGAUGAAGACUACAGAGGAAAUGUGGGAGUUGUGCUCUUCAACUUCAGCAAGGACACAUUCGAUGUGAAAAAAGGUGACAGAGUUGCUCAGCUGGUGUGUGAGAGGAUCUGCUACCCUGAUCUGGAGGAGCAAGAGACACUUGAUGAGACGGAGCGUGGUGCCGGAGGUUUUGGAUCGACUGGACGCAACUGAAAGCUCCAGAUAUAACUGACGAUGUACAUGUUGAACAUAUAUGGAUAAGUUGCUAAUAAAGUUCUUGUUUUGUA